AUGCCAGCUCCGCCGCCGUUUGACCUCGAGGCACCUUCGCCCUUGGACCGUAUCGCCGGGCACUACGUUGAACUCAAUGAAAUGAAACCCCAGAGAACUCUGACCGGAUCGACCAGAGUAGACGAUAGUCCCAUUUCCACUCCAGUUGUCGCGACCAUGGACGCCAAACCAAGAGACACGAUACCCGAGGAGUUGCCGCAACGGCUCGAGCCCGUGGCCAAGCCGAGCAGCAACUGGUGGAUCGUGGAGGGUGUGGCAUGGAUCGCCAGUGCUAUUGCCCUGGCUGUGGUUAUUGCGACAGUGGCCAUGACAGACGGCAAGCCUCUACCAACGUGGCCGAUGGACAUUACGCUCAACUCUUUCAUCUCCUUCAUGACGACGAUAAUGAAGGCUGCUGCUGCUAUCCCUGUAGCUGAGGGUAUCAGUCAGCUCAAGUGGCUGUGGUAUCGCAAGGCCGGCGCUGUGCGCGACAUUCAGACCUUUGACGAAGCUAGUCGUGGCACAUGGGGUAGUGCGAAGCUUUUAGUCUCUACCCGCGGCAUUCAUCUGGGCAAGUUGGGCGCCAUUAUCACCAUUAUUUUGCUCGCUGUCGACCCUUUUGUGCAGCAAGUGGUCGUGUACGAGAAGCAACCUGUCAUCUCGGAAUAUACAAACUCGUCUGUUCCAAUUGUGGCAAACUACAGUGAUUACGCCUAUGGUGGUAUCAUGUCGACAAGAGAACCUACCUUGAGCAUGAAGGCAGCAAUUAACAAUGGCCUCUUUGAUACAUCCGACGAGCCACAGAAUGAUUUUACGAUUUCGGCUUCUUGUGCCACCGGCAAUUGCACAUGGUCUUCUACAUACUACACGCUCGGAGUCUGCAGCAAGUGUGCCAACACGACCUCGCAAAUCACCUCAAAUUGUGGCGAGCAGUUCGGAACUCUCCCCGCCACCUGCAACUAUACACUGCCCAAUGGUAUGGCGUUUGACGGUACACGGCGAGGACAGGCAUAUAUGAACUCGUCAGGAGAAUAUGAAUCGCUCGCUUACAACAACUCCCAAUCAACCAUCGGCGUAGUAUCCACCAUGCGUGGCCUCCACGAUCUCUCGUCGUCAACACUCCUCGGAGUUGUCUCGAAUGAGUGCGUGCUGUACGUUUGCGUCAACGAAUAUCAGGGGAAUGUGACCAACGGCGUCUUUACUGAAACCCUAGUGUCAACUUACACGGGCGACGAGAAUCCGGUGAUGAGUGAAAACAUUACCAUUUCCGUGCCGAACUCGGACACAGAGUACUGGUUCGGCGCUACGGCAUGGCUUGCCGUGAGCAUGCACCUCUCGAGUUACUUUACAGGCUCAGUCACUGGUGGCACCGGUACGCAGUCGAGCACGAGUGAUGUCGUAGGAGCACUUUUCGAGUUCGGUGAGGAUGGCUCCGGCAGUGGAACUCAAAAGGUGGGCGGCGAGAACAACACAAUCGCUUCCGUCGCAGCCGCCAUGACCAAAAUGCUGCGCAUGUAUGAUCUUUCAGUCGAUUCUUCGACGUGGAACACGACCGAUCCGAACUCGACAUCGAUCGAUCGGUUUGCACUCGGCAUAGCUUGGACCACGGAGACAUUUGUACACGUCCGAUGGCUAUGGAUGAUCCUGCCUGUGGCUUUGGAAGUCUUGGUCCUGGUUUUCUUGGUGGGCACUGUCUUUCAAAGCAACCGGAGCGGUUUACCAGGCUGGAAGAGUUCGACAAUGCCCCUCAUUCAGGGAAAACUCGGUGAACUGCAGCUGGCCAUUGCUGAGAAGAGGCGCUCGAAGCUAUGA